UUUUUCUAUUUACAAAAUAUUAUGUAUGUAUUGAUUUAUUAAUUGGUUUAUUUUUGGCGUACAGGGUGCACUGUAGGAGAAUUGUUUUGAGAUUUAAAUUAAAUUUUCCGUUCUUCUAAACGGAAUCUGGUAUAAUGCCAUGUGUUCAGUUGAAAUGUGCUUUUAGUUCGAAAAACCUUUUUAAAAACAUUCCAAUGUGAUUUCCAUUGGAGAUGUGCUCAGUUUGUCUGCUUCAGAGCUUUAACUGAUUUUCACUGUUUGGACUCUAAGGGACGCUGUUGGUCAGUCCAACAUUUUAUGUGUGUCGUCAUUCAGCCCAUCCCCUGGCUGACUGACUAUACAGUGAAGAAGGCUCUGUGUGUUUUGUCGAGGUUUAGGGCUCGUAAGAGAGAGCAAGGUUUCAUACACUUGCAUGUAAAGGUUGAAGAGCUGUUUUAAGUGACCAGGACACGGAUAUUUCAGGACCGCUUCGCCAUCAUAUCAAUUGGACAUAAAUCAUCUUUUUUAUUCAUUGUUGCCAUAAUGGCAAUUCGAGGAUCUCUCACCUACACAUCCGCAAGAUGGCGAUUGUUUUAUGGAUUUCGAGGGCAAAUAGGACUGCUUAUGUUGCUUCUUUAUGCGGUGAACAUGGUAGGUGGUCAGAUUCGUUAUUCUAUCCCAGAGGAGAUGAAGAAAGGCUCUGUUAUCGGUAAUGUAGCGCAAGAUCUGGGUUUGGAUCUGAGGAGGCUCCGUUCUGGGCGGGCCCGUAUCGUGACCGGGGAAAACAUCCACUACACCGAGCUGAAGGCAGACAAAGGGAUUCUAGUCGUGAACGAGAGAAUAGACCGAGAGCAGCUUUGUGGAGACGUAACGCCGUGUAGCUUCAGCUUUGAGGUCAUUUUAGAAAACCCAAUCGAACUGCACAGAGUAACAGUAAUGAUCCAGGACCAGAACGACAACCCUCCUCAGGUCCUGUACCCAGUCCAGACUGGAGGCUCUCUGGUGGCUGAAAUGGUGCCUCGUUCAGCAGAUGUGGGCUAUCUGGUGACUAAAGUGGUGGCUGUUGAUGUGGACUCUGGACAGAAUGCCUGGCUCUCCUAUAAACUGCAGAAAGCCACAGACAGGGCGCUGUUUGAAGUGGGCUUACAGAAUGGAGAAAUAAGAACUAUCCGCCAAGUGACUGAUAAAGAUGCUGUGAAACAAAGACUGAGUGUUAUAGUGGAGGACAACGGGCAGCCCUCUCGUUCAGCUACAGUCAUUGUUAACGUGGCGGUGGCGGACAGCUUCCCUGAAGUGCUGUCUGAGUUCACUGACUUUACACACGACAAGGAGUACAAUGACAACCUGACUUUUUACUUAGUGUUGGCUUUGGCUGUAGUCUCCUUCCUCUUCAUCACGUGUUUAGUGGUUAUUAUCUCAGUGAAAAUCUACAGAUGGAGACAGUCUCGCAUCCUGUAUCACUCCAGCCUGCCUGUGAUUCCAUAUUAUCCACCACGUUACUCAGACACUUUGGGGACAGGGACUCUCCAACACGUGUACAAUUAUGAGGUGUGCAGGACGACUGACUCCAGAAAGAGUGACUGUAAGUUCGGCAGAGCCGGUAGUCAGAACGUGCUGAUAAUGGACCCCAGUUCUACAGGGACGUUGCAGCGGAUACAGAGUGAGAAGAGCAUCCUGGAUGAACCAGACUCUCCUCUAGAGACCUCCCCUGGCUGA